ACAAUUUUGACUAUUUUGUUGAAACAGAAUGCCAGGAUGAAUAAUCAUGACAUAAAUUGUUGCAUAACUGAAAAUGCAAAUAGAAAAUUUAGAAAGGACUGCUAAUUUGGAUGUGUUUCUUUGAAAAGUCAUAAUAAUGUAUUAUUCUUUACACUGUCUUUAGUACCAGCUAAUUUCCUGCCUUUUGGGGAUGGAGACACACAAAACCCAUUAUCAGACGAUGGAACCUCUCAAGCAAUUUCCUUGCAGCAUCCUUUCAAAUACUUCCAAAGCACAUACAGUCAGAUCUUUGUGAACAACAAUGGCCAUAUAACAUUUAAUGAGCCACUGUAUGCCUACAACCCAAUUUUGAAGUCUGAAAGAGACAUCAUUGCUCCUCUUUGGACUGACCUUGACAAUAGACGGGGUGGAUCUGUCUCCUAUAGAGAGGAUACAAGCAGUGCUGUACUGGCACAAGCCUCUGAAGCUGUUAAGCAAUACUUCCCUAACAUACCAUUUGCUGCUACAUCUGCUUUUAUUGCUACCUGGGACAGGGUGCCAUACUAUAGUGGUGGAGGGGUAAGACCUACAGUAAUCAAUGAUUAUCAAUACAUUAUCUAUGUUUUUUUUUUUCUUUCGAGGACUUUGAAUGCUGUUUAUUCAUUUUGUGAAGGUGGUUACUUUUCAAGUGGUUUUAGCCUACAAUGUUCAUCGCUCUUUCAUACUAUUCAACUAUGGUGAUAUUGCUACAACAGUGCAAAGUUGGAUGGCUGGUUAUCAUACAAUGGACUCUGUCAAUUCAUUCACAAUUCCAGUAACCAGGGCCAGAGAACUCUCAACCAACAGCAAUAUUAAUGUGCCUGGGCAAUGGUCUUUCCAUGUUGAUGGCUCACCAAACUUGCCAACUAUGUUCCUAUCUUUGGAGGAUGGAAAAAUAUUGAACUCCUUUGCUGAAAAUGGAAGCUCUGAAGCCAUUUUCUUGCAGCAGCCUUUCAAAUACUUUGAACGCACAUACAGUCAGAUCUUUGUGAACAACAAUGGCCAUCUAACGUUUACUGAGCCACUGUCUGCCUACAUCCCCUUAAUGGAUUCCGGAAGAGACAUCAUUGCUCCACUUUGGACUCGCCUUGACAAUAGACAUGGAGGAACUAUCUCUUAUAAAGAGGAUACAAGCAGUGCUGUACUGACACAAGUCACUGCAGCAGUUAAGCGAUACUUCCCUAGCAUACCUUUUGCUGCUACUUCAGCUUUUGUCGCUACCUGGGACAGUGUGCCAUACUACAAUGGUGGAGGGGUAAGACCAACAAUAAUCUCUAAUUUCCAAUUAAUGGUCCAUCUUGUAUGGAAGACUUAAUUGCUGUCUACUGGUAUUUUGAAGAUGGCCAGUUUCCAAGUGGUUUUAGCCUACAAUGUUCACCGCUCUUUCAUCCUGAUCUAUUAUGGAGAUGUGGCAGCUACAAGACAACCUUGGAGGGUAAUUGGAGUGCUGCUUCUUGCGCACUGUACAAAUGACAAAAACAAAUAUGAAUAAAGAAUUCAGAAGGAAUUGAUCAUGAAUGCAAAACAGAAUCUUUGUCUUAUUUUAAUAUAUAAUGAGAAAAUAAAAAAAAAUAAAAUAUAUUUUUUACU